UUGAAUUGACAUCACCUUAUGAGUGCACCCUGUACUAUUCUAUUGUUUACAUUAUUAUUUUUAUUGAAAAAAUAUAAAUAAAAGUAAAUAAAUGCAUGAUUUUGCUACAAAACGUAAUGCACUUUUUGCAUGUCUUGAUGAUGCCAGCAGUGAGCUCAAGGGUACAGUGUUAGACCAAACAAAUGCUAAAGCAGCUCUCAGUAGAACUGCCCCCGACAGGCAGUGGGAAAUGAAUUAUCGUCAAGGAGGUAAUGGAUCACGGAAUAAACAAACAGCCGUAGAUCGACCUCUGCAUCACCUGCGAGGUAAAGAAAGUAUAUUUAAGAAACCAGAAUUACCUAUUGCGAGGUGCUUAAAACCCAGAAAAUUACCAGAUUAUCAGGUUAAUCCCCACAAAUGGAAAAAAUAUUCACUAGAAGAUGUUGAUAUAUCGGAUCAAACGAAUUCUUCUGCGGCGUUUGAAUUUUUACGACAAAUCGACGAACAAAAAGAUUCUUUAGAAUCUCCGGAAAAAUCUGAGGGGCAACAGACAAAAAUUGAAUUUAAAAAAUCUAGUAAAAUACGGCGUAAUUUGAAAACGUUAGAGUCUUUGGAGAAAAUGGAUGCCGAAAUCGAUUCGCCUAAAUUGAAGGGUUCCAAACUGGAGCCCGAAUAUGUGGUUGGACAAAAGAAGCAAGAAAAAAAGAAAUCACACAAUAAUGAGAAAAAAGAAAGAGCUGCUGGUAAACUACUACUAUCACAUUUGCAAGAAGAUGAGAAGAGGAUGAUUAAAUUAUUAAUAAUCAUAAUAUUUUGAAAUUUUCAGAAAUAUUGUCUAAGC